UCGCGCCGAGGGGGCGGGGCCUCGCACGCACGCUCCCUCCUAGCUCUUCCCCCGCCCCCCGCCACGCGCGGGCAUUCUGCACGCCCGUCGCCCGUUGCCUUGGCAACCGUCGCACCGCGUCUUCCUGAGGGAGCUUCUGUCAGCCGGCAGAUCCCAUCGGCCGCUCCCCACUGCCGGGGAUUUUCGCGUGGGCUCAGAGGCGGAGGGACAACAAAAAAAAUGGCGGAGCGGAGCCAGACGGCGCCUGAGGCAGGCAAUGACAUGGGAAAUGAUGAUGCCAUCGGAGGGAAUGUGAGCAAAUAUAUGGUGCUUCCUGCUGGAUAUUGUGGACAGCCCAGAAAAGGACAUCUUAUCUUUGAUGCUUGCUUUGAAAGUGGUAACCUUGGACGGGUGGACCAGGUCUCUGAGUUUGAGUAUGAUUUGUUCAUUAGGCCGGAUACCUGUAAUCCACGCUUCCGAGUCUGGUUCAACUUUACUGUUGAAAACGUGAAAGAAUCACAGAGAGUCAUUUUCAACAUUGUUAACUUCAGCAAAACUAAAAGUCUUUAUAGAGAUGGGAUGGCCCCUAUGGUGAAAUCCACCAGCAGACCAAAAUGGCAAAGGCUGCCACCUAAAAAUGUUUACUACUACCGCUGCCCAGACCAUAGGAAGAAUUACGUGAUGUCCUUUGCAUUUUGUUUUGACCGAGAAGAAGAUAUUUAUCAAUUUGCUUACUGCUACCCGUAUACGUACACUCGCUUUCAGCACUACCUUGACAGCCUGCAGAAGAGAAACAUGGAUUACUUCUUUCGGGAGCAGCUGGGUCAGAGCGUGCAACAGCGGCAGCUUGACCUCCUGACGAUAACCAGCCCCGACAACCUUCGAGAGGGAGCAGAGAAGAAGGUGGUGUUCAUUACAGGACGCGUCCACCCAGGGGAAACACCCUCUUCAUUUGUGUGUCAAGGGAUCAUCGACUUCCUCAUAAGCCAGCACCCUAUUGCUCGCGUCCUGCGGGAACACCUCGUCUUCAAGAUUGCACCCAUGCUCAAUCCUGAUGGCGUCUACCUGGGCAAUUACAGGUGCUCUCUGAUGGGGUUUGACCUGAACCGUCACUGGCUGGAUCCCUCUCCGUGGGCCCACCCUACCCUGCAUGGGGUGAAGCAGCUCAUCAUCCAGAUGUACAACGACCCAAAAACGAGCCUGGAGUUUUAUAUCGACAUCCACGCCCACUCCACCAUGACAAACGGCUUCAUGUACGGCAACAUCUUUGAGGAUGAGGAGCGCUUCCAGAGGCAGGCCGUCUUCCCCAAGCUCCUCUGCCAGAAUGCCGAGGACUUCUCCUACUCCAGCACAUCCUUCAACCGGGAUGCCGUGAAAGCAGGAACUGGCCGUCGCUUCCUCGGUGGGCUGCUGGACCACACCUCCUACUGCUACACAUUGGAGGUUUCCUUCUACAGCUACAUCCUCGGUGGCACCACGGAUGCUGUGCCCUACACGGAGGAAGCCUAUAUGAAGCUGGGGCGGAACGUGGCAAGAACGUUUUUGGAUUAUUACCGGCUGAACCCAAUGGUCGAGAAAGUGGCAAUCCCCAUGCCAAGGCUGCGGAAAGAAAAACCCCCUCCCUACAAGCACCUACUCCUGCGGGGCCCGGCCAACAACUCCCCCAACAGCAAAGGAAACAAGAAGAGCUCAGUGACCCACAAAGACCCUUCAAACUCUUUUUAAGGAUGCAGAGUCUGGGGAGGUCUUGUGGUGGCAGGGGCAUGCAUUUUCUGGUGGGGCAUGCAAUUAAUCAUCUUUUUCUAGUUUCCAAGAUAAGGGCUGAGAUCAUGAAUGAGCUAGUGAAAGGGAAGGGUAAGAAUGAGAAAUCUCACCAUCGAUUUUCCCUUUUACCAAUGGAAAAUCAAUCAUGAGCCUUCAGCUUAAGGCUUGGGAACCAAAUAGGAAACUCAAACCAGAUGAGUGCAGAUGCUAUUUCCUACAACACAGAGACGCUCGCAGGAAAAGAAAGCCCACACAUCCCUUUUGAGAGGUAAAUACUUCUCAGGUCAGUGAUUUCCACCCCUUUACUGCUCUAAGUUGUGCAGUUACUACAGGUGGUUACCUUUUAGAAUUGGCUACGGUUGUUCAUAGUUUUAGAAAAGCAGUGUCUAUAUUUGCUGGCCCCAAACAAUAGCAACCACACAUACAACCCAAAGACACUGUUGGGAGCAAUGGGAGAUAAUUUCUGAGAUCACAGUGGACUUAGACCCCCAAUCACUUUACCAAUGAGCUGCCUGCUUCCUGACUCCCCCAAACCCCAGUCUAUGCAACUUCAGAAAACUGCUCUGAGAGCUAUUUCCCAAUGACCUGGGUAGUUUAAAAUGAAGCAGUUCCCAAAACAAAGGGUAUUAGCCGUACAUUCUAAAAGGUCUGUCAUGGCUAAGAUCUCUAGAUCCUGGUGUCAGAGAUCAAACCCGACCACUGAAGAGGCGGGCGUGGAAGACCCACAGUGGGAGGAGGCGGCCGACUGCCAGGUACAGGAGAUGCCGAAGACAAAAGGAUGCACUGGAGGCUGGUGGGGAUGAUAAAACAGCAUCAGUGCCAAAUCCCAAGGUGGGGCCAGCUCAGUAUUGUGCAUUUUUCUACAGAGUAAAGUGCCUUUGCAUGAUGAAUGGGUCCAGGGGAGUCAGCUCCCUUCCUGUCUGUGAAGCAGCAGGCUGAGUCACCAUGACAGCCUGCUAAUUAAAAUGACCUCCCAGAAAUGAGGAUUAGGAGAUGGAGAGGGGAAGGGAGGCUCGAGGGAGAUAGGCCCUCUAGCACAAAGCUUCAGUUUAGCAUUCUUUUGCUUUGCACUGGAGAUUUUCAAAGUUUCUUGCAAAAAUUGAGAGCAAAGCUCAUUCUCCCUUUGCUUAUUGGUUUUAAGAAAUUUUAACAAAGAACCAUAUGUGAGUUGGCUACAAAUGUUGUGUUGUAUAUACAGCUUCUCCUCUGGGUUCUUGUUGCCCAGAGGAAUGCAAAUAAAGUGCUUUAUGCAGCACCUCUGUUCCUCAGAGCGUUCGUGACGCCUUUCCCUCCAGGUCUCUCGCUCCCUCAAGAACCAGCCAGUCGACCCAGUUUGGUGUAACCCUCACUUUGCUGUCAGGGACUCUGUCAUCAAGAUAAGGAGAACAGCCAAGACUUGACUUUCCAGCAGUUCCUGUGGCAGAGUCCUGGGGAGUUUGACUGCAACCAGCUCACUGUGAGCCAACAGUGUGGCAGGCCUUUCACAAACGAUAGCAUCUCUUGAAGCAGCAUAAAUAGAGACAGUCUGCAUAAAAUUAGAGAGAUGAUAGUCCAGAUCUAUUUUUCCCUGGUCAAACUGCUUCCAUAAUAUGACCAUAUUUAGACCCCCCCCCUUUUUUUUGGUGCUAAGGUAGUCACUGUAUAGCGUUAUACUGCAUAUUCAAUAAUGACAUAGUAUAUUUCCAGUAUAUUUUACUGGAAGUAAACUGAUAUCCAUUUAAGUCAAAUCCUCAUUGAUAUAAAAUCAUUUAUUUUCAUUAAAUUUAGAGUAUCCUAAGUUAUAGACCCCACUUUUUAAAAACUGCAUUGGUUAGUUGAAUCACAGGCCAAAUAAGCAGCAGGUGUGCUAGUGGUUUAAAAUUGCAGCCAGGCAACUCUGAGUUCUAACUCUGCAUUCGAACCCUCGUUCUGUCUCUUACUAUCUGGGUGAUCUUGGGUAAGAUAUUUAACCUCUCUGAAUCUUACCUUCCUGUAAGAUGGCAACGUCUACCUCAUCACACAAGUUACGUAGGUUUAAUGAACUUAGGUAUGAGGAACGUCAGCAAAGGUAUUUAAUAAAUAAUAGCUGUUCUUUGGAACAUGACCAGGAUGGUGAGAUGUCUAGAAAUCAUUUCUCACUAGAAACAGAUGAGCUUUGGAAAUCUUUUAGCACUAAGUGAUAAAGCAGAAUAAAUAUAAUACCCAACAAUUCCAUUGUUAGGUAGUCAGCAACAUAACUAUGCCCCAGUGUUCACCAGACAUAAACACAAAAAGGUCACAGCACUAUUGCCGGUAUUAACUGUAAAUUGGAAACAACCCAAGGAGCCUUCAGUAGUAGAAUGGAUGAAUAGAAUAUGGUGUAUUUGGUCAAAGCAACAGUCUAAUGAAUUAACAUGAACCAAGUAUGGUUAGACUCCACAAAGAUGAACCUUACAUACAUCAUUUUGAACAAAUGUCUGAGUCCAUUAUUUAAAUUUAAAAAUAGGCAAAAAUUCCUCGAAGCCAGAAUUCAGGACAGAUUUUUCCUUUGGAAGGCAGGCAGAGGUAGAGACUAGGAAGAUGUCUCGGUGGCUAUUUCUUGGGUGCCGGUUAGAGCUUAUGUCUUCAUGAGCAUUUAGGUUAUAAAACCGUGUUCCAUUUUUAAUAAUUCAUUCUGAUAUACAGUUGUGAUUUGAGUUUUUCCAGUGGAUAUUACACAAAAAUAAAAGUGAUUAUUAACAGACAUCUAAUAAUGAGGCCAGAUUCUAGAGACAGGGCCUGGUUGUCUGUGUAGCCCUUUCCACUUUUUGGUCUUCUUGGAAGAAAGAAAGAGGAAAGGUCUGUCCUCUCUGGUUCCCUUUCUGCCUUGCAAAAAAUGUGUAAGUUAUUGCACAAAAGACAUGUUGGCAUAUAGGCAUAUUUUGUUUCAUUGAGCUUAACUUCAUUGCUCUUAGUAGAUACUGCAUUUUUUUCCAAACUGAAUAUUUGUGGCAACCGUGCAUCUGAUAAUCUAUCGGUGCCAUUUUUCCAACAUUUGUUUACUUCCUGUCUCUGUGUCGCCUUUUGGUUAUUCUCACAAUAUUUCCAAUUUUUCAUUAUUAUUAUAUUUGUUAUGCUGACUUGUGAACAGUGAUCUUUUACGUUACUGCUCCAUUCGCUGAGAUGAUUAUUAGAUUUUUAUAGCAAUAAAUUAUUUUAAAAUUAAAAAAAAAAGAAACAGA